AUGACUCCAAACAAGCUUGUGUUCUUCUUCUUAGCUUGCCUCCUAAUGUUCACAUUCUCAGACGACAACCUCGUGGCUGGAGAUUCUGACAAAGUGAAGCUCAAUCUUUACUACGAAUCACUUUGUCCCGGUUGUCAAGAAUUCAUCGUCGAUGGUCUUGUGAAAGUCUUUGACUCCGAUCUCCACACAAUCACCGAUCUUACCCUCGUUCCUUUUGGUAACGCUAAAAUCUCCGAUAAUUUAACCGUCGCUUGCCAGCAUGGUGAAGAGGAAUGCAAACUAAACGCCAUUGAAGCUUGCGCUAUAAAAACUUGGCCUAAUCCGCUCAUACUUGCGUAUGCAAAGCAGACAUUGAGUCUGAAACCGAAACAUAAAUACGUACCAUGGGUCACAGUUAACGGGAAACCACUCUAUGAAAAAGUGAAUGAUUUUGUAGCACAAGUAUGCAAAGCUUACAAAGGAAAGUCUGCUUUACCAAAAGUCUGCAAUUCCUCUGCUUUGUCUAAGUCGCGUGAGAGUAAUAAUGUGUUCAAGCUCCAAGUCUCUUAUGCAGAUGAAGCUAUCAAUUACUAA